GUGAGAUUCCCGCGGGGGCUGAGCGCGGUGCACGCUGGGGAAUGUGGUUUCCCCGGCGCUGAAGCGCUAGAAUCCGCGAAGCUGCUACGGUGCGUGUAGGCCUUCGAGAAAGCGUUUGUGUGGUUCCGACGCCGGCGGCCGAGCUGGAGACCUUCUAGGGUGCUCUAGGGAGGGGUCCAGCUGCUGUCAGGGCUGCUUUUCUGAAUACGUGAAGGUAGUCGGAGUGCCCUAAGGAUGGAUAAAUUCGUCAUUCGAACGCCUAGAAUCCAGAAUACCCCACAGAAGAAAGAUCCUGGAGGAAAGAUUUACAAGCAGGCUACGAUUGAAUCUCUGAAGAGAGUUGUGGUCAUAGAAGACAUAAAAAGAUGGAAAUCCAUGUUGGAGCUUCCUGAUCAAACCAAAGAGAAUCUAGUUGAAGCCUUACGAGAACUGAAGAAGAAAAUACCCUCCAGGGAAGUGUUAAAAUCAACAAGGAUAGGUUUCACGGUGAAGAAGAUGUGUAAGCACUCAGAUUCAGAGGUGGCUUGUCUUGCCAAAGAAGUUUAUACAGAGUGGAAAACUUUCAUUGAAAAACAUUUAGAUAGACCAUCUAUUGAAGUCCGAAGUGAUCCCCAAACAGAAUCAUUUAGGAAAAAUGCCCGGAAACUACUCUCAGAAGCCUUGGAAUUAAAGAUGGAUCACCUACUGGUUGAAAAUAUUGAGCGGGAAACGUUUCAUCUCUGUUCCCGCCUCAUUAAUGGGCCUUACCGGCGUACGGUGAGAGCUCUGGUCUUCACAUUAAAGCACCAAGUUGAAAUCCAGGACCAGGUGAAGAAUGGCUUGCUGCCAAUCAGCACGUUUGUACAGACCCACAAAAAGUGACCUGAGGACGGUUCCAACCCUGGGCUGGGCAGAGAAGAAAACGGGCCCCUCUCUGCAUUCAAAGGCUCCUUUGAGUCUGGGUGAUGGCUGGUUUGGCUUGCUAGGUUUUCCCAUGAUGCCUUGCCUGCAGGCAGGAUUCGGGGACCCUGGGGGACAGGACUGUGGGAGCGAGCUUCAUUAGUCACUGUGUGCGGCACUGCCCAACAGGACGUGCACUGGCUGUCACUGGAAAGUGCUGUCCGGGUGCCACCGCCCAGCACAGUGAAAGGGUGACACAUUUCACUGUGUGUAUGCCAGGGACACCUCUAAACCUCCCCUGUCAGGCAGAUGAAGUCACCACUUUAUUUCACCACCCUGCAGGUAACUGAAACUCAAUUACUGCCUCUCUCCCUUGGUUCCAUCCCCCUGAGUUUAGACAGCUCCGGUGCCUCUCAGAACUCCCUGUCUGUUCUCUUUGCUCUACCCCAGGGGUGAGGCUGCCGCAGCCAGCCGGCCAGCCCUGCUUUCCGGAACUCACUUAUCUGAACGUUUCAGCCCUCCCUGGAAGACCUUCUGCGCCUGUCUCCCGAGCCCCCAUGCUGAGGCUUCUAAUGAGGAACUGGCCCGAAGCCUCCCACAUCUCAGGCUUUAUUUGAAUACAUGGGCUCUCAGCUUAGGGCUCUGUGGAAGAUACAGAAUGAAAUUUUUCUCACGAUGAAUUACUGCAGUAGGAAAAAAUUCACACAUUCAUACUUACCUUAAAAUGAAAUACUUUUGUUUAAAAUGAAAUACUUUUGUACAGGUCUGCUGAAUCAAUUACAUAAAUGCUAUUUGCUUUUUUAAAAAGUAAUAAACUGAGACUUGUAUUUUGAAGCAAAA